GAUUAGUCCAAAACCAAUUUUUGACGGAACACGCGGCAACAAUCAAACCGAAACCGCAACUAAAAGUAAACUUACAUGUACAACCCAACAACAGACUAGCUUUCUCUCUCCCUUUGAAACUCUCGCGGUCUUCUCUUGGUGCUGCCGUCCCCUGUCUAUCUUUCCUUUUUGUUCAUUUCUAACUGCUACUUCAACACAGUCAAAAUAAACUCUCCCUGAAUAAACACUUUCAGUUUUUAAGAUAAUCAGGAAAACGAAGAAGAAGAAGAAGAAAAUGAGCGUGAUCGAUUUGAUAACAAGAGUGGAUGCGAUUUGCAAGAAAUAUGACAAAUACGACGUCGGUAAACAAAAGGACCUUAACGUUGCUGGCGAUGAUGCCUUUGCUCGCCUCUACGGCGUCGUUGAGGCUGACCUUGAUUCUGCUCUUCAUAAAUCAGAAUCGGCAGCGACAGAUAAAAAUAGAGCUACAGUUGUUGCUAUAAAUGCGGAGAUACGAAGAACUAAGGCUCGAUUGCUUGAGGAACUCCCUAAACUGCAGAGACUUUCUCUUAAAAAGGUCAAAGGACUUUCAAAAGAAGAGCUCGAGGCUCGUAGUGAUUUAGUUACUGCAUUAAAAGACAGAAUUGAAGCAAUACCUGAUGGAAGUGCAAACACAGUUAAACAAACUAGUGAUUGGGCGGCGCCUUCCACUUCACAUGCUGGAAUCAAAUUUGACUCAACUUAUGAUGGUAGCUUCGAUAAUGAAUAUUUCCAGCGAACUGAAGAAUCAGACCGUUUUAGGCAGGAAUAUGAAAUGCGUAGAGUGAAACAGGAUCAAGGUUUAGAAGUUAUAGCAGAAGGAUUGGACACUCUGAAAAACAUGGCACAUGACAUGAAUGAGGAAUUGGACAGACAAGUGCCUAUGAUGGAUGAAAUAGAUGACAAGGUUGAUAGGGCAACCUCAGACCUCAAAAAUACUAAUGUGAGACUUAAGGAUACUAUCAACAAGCUGAGGUCCAGUCGCAACUUCUGCAUUGAUAUCAUCCUCUUGAUUAUAAUUUUAGGAAUUGCUGCUUACCUGUACAAUGUUUUGAAGUGAAGCACUGCAGCAGCCCACUUCCACGGUCGCCAAUAUAUACUGCAAAGUAUCUACGGCUUGUAAUUUCUAUGUUCAUCAUCAACUGGAAGUUGUCGUCUGAUUUUAGAGGAUAAUAUGACUAAUCAAUCCUAGUCUGUCAGCAGGUUUUUUUUU